CCAUAUUCAAACGCGGCGUAAAGCGCUCCCGCGCACUUCUCGUUUCGCUCGACCUUGAACCGGGUUAAUUGAAUUUGGAACGUGCUUUUUGAAAUGUUUUGACGAAAAAGUGAGUGAAAAUGAUUGCGUUUAUGAAAGUGGGAGCGGGACAGGUAGUGAGGUGGCGGGGAUCGCAGUGUCGAUGGGUUAAGUACCAUUCGGGAGUCGGGGUCUUCGGGCAUCGGCCGAGAGAGGUGAACGACAGCGAAAUACCAGAAGACGUUAUAUCAAAACGAUAUGAGAACUGCCGUGCGCAUCAGCUAGUUAAUGCAUACCGGACGUACGGUCAUCUUAGGGCUACAAUAGAUAAUGUCGAUUAUAAGAAUGAAAACAGGAACAUAAAAGAACUGAGUUUAUCCAGGUACGGGCUCACUUCAGAAGACCAUGUAGACCUGGGUUUAUUAUACGGUCACAAUGGAAAGGGACCAGCUAAAAAUCUGAUAGAACAAUUGGAGAAAUUAUAUUGCGGACCUAUUUCAUAUGAGUUUUCGUAUUUAGAAACAGAUGCAGAACGAGAAUGGUUCGCCCAAAGGAUAGAAAACAGUUCGGAUAGUAUAGAUAGGGAGAGACGUCUAGAAAUUCUAAAAGAACUAUUAGAAACCCAGAUUUGGGAUAAAUUCCUAUCGGUUAAAUACCCCACUGUAAAGAGAUAUUGUGGGGAAGGCGCUGAGUCUCUAUUGACUUUCUUCUCAACGCUUAUUAGAAGAACUGCGAAUGACGGUAUUCAAUACGUGACCCUUGCAAUGGCUCACAGGGGCAAGAUAAAUACCCUAACGAGCCAAUUGCAAUGCCCGCCCGUCAAGAUAUUCCACAAAUUUAAUGGCAACCCAGAAUUUCCAGAAGAUGCAAACGCCGCGUGUGAUAUUGCAACACAUUUGAGCGCUUCAGUAGAUUUAACUGUUGAUGGAAAGUCCGUGAGAUUCUCGAUGCUCAACAAUCCAUCACAUUUAGAAGCGGCAAAUCCUGUUUCAAUGGGAAAAGCACGCUCCAAGCAACUAAAGCUAAGGGAAGGGGACUAUUCUUCGGACAAUUCGUCAAGACUUGGCGAUAAGGUUAUGAACGUUCAAAUACACGGCGACGCAGCCUUCACCGGGCAAGGAAUAAACCAGGAAAUGCUGAUGAUGUCCCAAGUUCCACACUUUGAUGUAGGAGGUUCUUUGCAUGUUGUUGUAAAUAACCAGAUUGGAUUCACGUUGCCCGCAAGCCGCGGCCGGUCCAGCAGAUAUGUGACGGAUUUAGCGAAAGCGAUCUCAGUACCGGUCAUACAUGUAAAUGGCGAUCAUCCGGAGCUAGUAGCAAAGGCCACAAAUAUAGCGUUCGAGUACCUAAGGAAGUUUAGGAAAGAUGUAUUCAUAGAUUAUAAUUGCUAUCGGAAAUGGGGACACAACGAACUAGACGAUCCGACCUUCACAAACCCUUUAAUUUAUAAAGUCAUACAUAAUAGAAAAUCAAUUCCAGAUUUGUACGCAGAGGUGUUGAAAGCUGAAGGCAUAGUCAGCGAAGACGAUAUAAAUAACAUUAACAAUGAAUACAAUAAAUAUUUGCAAUCUCAGUACGAAAUGGCGAGUGGAUAUCAACCAGAGGUAACAUAUUACCAAGAACAAUGGUCGGCCAUGAGAGCCGCUCCGAAGGCGGUCGAAGUGUGGGACACGGGAGUUCAUUCGGAUAUUUUGAAGAGUGUCGGAAACGCCUCUGUUUGCACACCAAGCGAUUUUAAUAUACACCCACAUCUCGCAAAAACUCAUGUGAAAAACCGACUAAACAAGAUAGCUUCAGAGAAAGACAUCGACUGGGCUACUGCAGAAGCUCUGGCCAUCGGCUCGCUCCUCCUAGAGGGUCGUCACGUCCGCCUCAGCGGCGAGGACGUGGGGCGCGGCACCUUUUCGCACCGGCACGCCAUGCUCGUGGACCAGGAACUGGAGACCAUACAUAUACCCUUGAACCAUAUACGGGAGGAUCAGAAGGGGUUCUUGGAGGUUGCAAACUCAAUCCUCUCUGAGGAAGCAGUAUUAGGUUUCGAGUACGGAAUGGCGUACGACAAUCCUGACAACCUUUGCAUAUGGGAAGCACAGUUUGGAGACUUCUACAAUGGCGCCCAAAUCAUUGUCGACACUUUCAUCGCUUCUGGAGAGACCAAAUGGGUCCGUAGUAACGGUCUGGUCCUACUCCUCCCCCACGGCUACGACGGCGCCGCGUCAGAACACUCCUCAUGUAGACUGGAGCGGUUUCUGCAGCUCACUGACAGUUCUGAGACAUCCCCCGAUUCGGAGGCUGUUUGCUUGCACGUGGUGAACCCCACCACACCGGCACAGUACUUCCACUUGUUGAGGAGACAGGUAGUAAGAAAUUACCGCAAGCCCUUAGUAGUAGUGGCGCCAAAGAUUCUCCUGCGGUCUGCGGACGCUGUGAGCUCACUUUCAGACUUCACUCCGGGAACAUUCUUUAGACCCGUUAUUGGUGACACUUACGCAGAGCCACUUCGCGUUAAACGCGUGAUACUCGUCAGCGGGAAGCACUACUACGAGUUGCACAAACAGAGAGUCCAGAACAAGAUAGAAGACGUGGCCAUUAUAAGGGUGGAGGGAUUGUGUCCCUUCCCCGUACAGGGCUUGCAGGACGAGCUCGCAAAAUAUGCUAAUGCUAGAAAAUUCAUUUGGAGUCAAGAGGAGCACAGAAACAUGGGCGCUUGGUCCUUCAUUAAGCCUCGCUUCGAAAAUCUUUUAGGGAAAAAGCUUAUUUACUCUGGUCGAGGAGAGGCCGCAACUCCCGCGGUGGGCGCUCCUGUGUUACAUCGCGCGGAAGUCGAACAUAUUAUAAGAGAUCCAUUAUUUAAUAUCAAAUAAAUACUUUUAAAUUAUCAGUUGUAAUGUUUAAAUGAUAUUUGUGUACUUAAGAAAAAAUGGUUCGUUGAGAUGUUUUGAUUUUUAUCAAUUUGUAAAUUUGUAACGAUAUAGUAAAUGCUAAAAAGUUAAUGAUCACUACUUUAUGUAUUUGUCUUUAUUCAAAUUAUUAAUAUUUAUAUUUUUAUACAUUAAUAUUACUUUGUCAAUGAUGUUUUUGACCUCAGUUGCAUUUAAAGAACGCAGCGAAUAAGCUGUAAACUAUAUUUUUGAAAUAAAAAUUUUAAC